GAUCGGACGAUUGGCGGUAAAUUCCCUUCCGCAGGUCUCAGGUGUGUAUCCGCACAGUACCGCUGACCGCGUGGUCGAGCACGUGACGACGCCCCCACCCCUAGUUAGGCGUCGGGACGCCGCGCUCGCGCGUCCCGCCCACGUUGUGCGCCCUACGUCGCCGCCGCCCCGGCCACCCUUGCGCCCGACUAACUCCACCGCACAGAGUAGCUCGCUCGCACUCCCGCCGACCGCACCGAAGACUCAAGCCGAUCCUCCGAGGCCCUCCGAAGCUUAGCGCGAAGUCCUCUCUCCGUUCGCAGCCCACCAGCAGCCCGCCUACGAAGAGAGGGUUGAGCUCUCCGGAUACGACGUCGUUGACGCCAUUGGUCCGCUUUCUGGCUCACGUGACCCAACGCGGAGUGCGGUCCUCGGGGUACGGAGAGUGAUGAGCGGAGAACGGAGAACGUGCAGCGAAAGAGCGGAGAGCGGAGCGCGGAGAACGGCGACCAGCUCGUAGCUGGUUACCAAAGAAAAGAGACAGCAGUAACAACACCGACUCGUUGCCAACAACGUUCGCGCACGUUAGUGUAAAAAGGUCGCGGCGACGCUUUACAUCGGCAACACACUCCCAUUCCGUAACCGUUCUUGUUCGCGAGCCAGUCGGAUUGGCGGCCGUUCCUCGUGUGCCGAUAUAUAUACAUACCUGUAACUACCAUGAGUUGUUGAUUGUGCGUCAAUGUUGUCGAAUAUUGUUCGCGAUCGGUAUCGGGAUGAAUAUCGUCGCAAAGUGUCAGUGCGCAACGUUCUCGAUAUCUUGAUCGGUUGUUCCGAUCAUCGAAAUCGGUCGAUCGGUUGAAUAUAUAUUAAUCCGGUCACACACCGAUCCACCGAAUUAACCAAUCACCGUCGCAUGCACAGUGAAUCCGGGUGUACAGUGAAAAUAAUUCAGUUGUAUCGUCGAUUCUUUGAGUGAUUUUUUUUUUUUUGUUUUUUCUUACCCUUCAUGUGAUUUUCUACGUUCGUCGUCCACCCUCCCGAUCUCAUUCUAUUCCAGAUUCGUGUCCGAUCGGAAUCUUGACACUCGACCUCGGGUUAUCGGCGAAGUAAAAAAAAAACCAAAAGAAAAAAUAAUCGUGUUAAAAUAACGUCGAUCAUGCGAUCCUCUUCGGGGGUGCGGGGCCGCUCCUCGCUCAACGGCGGCGGAGUGAUGAUAAUCGCUAUCGCCGUUCGUUUGUCAUGAGGUAUUGUGAUUUGGCUCGCGAAGAAUUUCUUCGGCAGCCAAUCGUCGGUGGUGAAAGAUAAAUAACGAUUGAUAUCGAAUAAAAAAAAAAAAAAAAAAAAAAGAAAACAAGGGUCUCGUUACACCGCAGCAAAUUAACAAAAGUGAGUGUUUUACGGUGGAUCCGCAUUCCCAUGCGCGAUAAGCAGGGCCCCGCGGUGCACCACCAGGAGCUUCUGCACCACCAGGGGCUGCUGCACCACCAGAAUCACAAUCAAGAAGUUCAACGUCUGCAGCACCACCAGCUCAACGAUCAAGGCCAGUUGCAACUGCGGGCCCAUCUUCAGGGGCUUACGGUCGACGAGAAGGAUCUGAUAAUCGGCGGGAAGACGAGGUCGCCAACUCCAGUCCUGGCUAACGACGGAUGCGGUGGUACCGCCACCGGUGGAGGUGGUGGUUUCUGGUUGGCAUCGGUUGCCGCGGGGGCUGGUUCCGGGGCCGUUUUGCCGCCCCACGGGGCCCACCCCGCCAUGGAUCCGAGCUGCGGCCCCGCCGAAACCGGCUUCAUAAACAGUCAGCCGUCUAUGGCGGAAUUCAUGACCGCCUUGCCUCAGCUCGGGGGCGACGGGCCCCUCCAGCAUUCCCCCGGUACGGGGGGACCGAUGAGCCCGAAUUCCCAUCACCCCGGCUACCACGCCAUGAUGGACCCGCACGGAGUCGCCGAUCCCACCGGCGUUAACGUACCCGAGUAUCCCUGGAUGAAGGAGAAAAAAACGACGAGAAAAAACAGUCAGCAAGAAAAUGGUCUGCCCAGAAGAUUACGUACCGCUUACACGAACACGCAACUUUUGGAACUCGAAAAGGAAUUUCACUUCAACAAAUACCUUUGCAGACCGAGGAGAAUCGAGAUCGCGGCCUCCCUCGAUCUUACCGAAAGACAGGUAAAAGUGUGGUUUCAAAAUCGUCGCAUGAAACACAAACGUCAAACGUUGAGCAAAGAGGACGGCGACGAUAAGGACGGAACGUCUCAGGACGGUAUCGAAAAGUCGAAGAGUGACAAACUGAUGCUGAUGGACGAUGACGAGAAGAAAAGCUGUCACAACUGCGACAUUUCCGGAGUCGGGGACGUCGGUAGUUCGUUGGGCGAAGUUCCGGAACUCCGUACCUCCGAGCGGGGAGGUUCGGCCGGCAACAACAACAACAACACACCGAGUGCCACCAACAACAACACGGGAUUCAACGCGAACAGCAACGGGGCCAGCAGCGUCGGCAGUACGAACAGCGUGUCCAGUUCGUUCGAAAAAAUGAUAGCCGACGACGACUCCAGAUCGCAAGACGGCAGCGAGGUCACCUCGCCGAGCGUGACUACCAAAAAACUGUGCGGCGAGGUCGUCCGGGUGAAGGUCGAAGGCGGUCACAAGAGUCCGAACGCCUCGAAGCCGAUUUCGGUGAGCAAGAUAUCACCGUCGGCGACGUCGAACAAGGAUAUGUGUUCGAUGAACAGCAACGGUGUCCUGCUGGCCAUGCCGGAUUCCACGGUGUCCACACCGGCGCUCGGCGGCGGCGGCGGCGGCGGUCAGGGAUCCGCGCGAAGUCUGACGCCGUCGUCGACUCCGGGUACACCGGCCUCGGUCCAACUCCAGCAGGGGAGUCCCCUCGGUAUUCCGGCGGUCCACGUAGCGUACAUGCAGAGACCGAGGAGUUCCCCGUCGUCGGCGAGUUCGUCGGUGGCCCCGAGUGGUUUGCACGGAACGUCGAACGCCAACGCCAUGUCGCCUCACGUCGCCGGCUCCAGAGGUAUGCAGAGUUCUCAGAGUCAUUUUCAACAGGGCCCCUACCAGCCCUCGGCGAUCGACUACAGGAACGGUAUAAACGCCGCCGCGAAUCGACAGCCUCCACCUCCGGUCACCCAACACGCUCAGCAGACUCAAAAUUCUUACUGCGCUCCGCGUGAACCUUACCAACAGAGGAUCGCGUACCCGAGCGAUAUCCACCCGCUUUACACUCGCCAGAAUCAGACGAUCGCCCGGGGGCAUCACGGAAGAAAUUCGUCCUCUUCGCGGCCGGUUUACAAUUCGUCGGGAGCGGCGGGAAUGCAGUUUCAUCAGCAGCCCGCCGCUCAGCAAUACGCCGCCGUCGGUGAUUACAACGGUUACGCACUUUCCGGCCAGCAGAGCGGUAACGCUGCCGCUUAUCACACGGGAUAUCACAGGAACGUUCAGGGAACGGGUUACGCCGCGAGUCAGGGAUACCCCGGAACACAGAGCGACCAAGUGCCGGAGGCUUAUUCGGCCGGAGGCGGUUACGGUUACCCUGGAACCGGAAACACUCCUUACCACUCGACGAACGAUAAUCUUGGCUCGUUGGGGGCUCACGGACCCCACGGACACACCGGCGUGGCGACGCAGGCCACCCAAGCUACGCAGCACGGAUAUUACAACGAGAUGCAGCAGCAGCAGCAGCAGCAGCAGCAACAACACAACGCCGAUGGCUACGGAGGGCAUCAGGCGACCGUACACUCCAGCACCGGGGAUUACAGGAGCGGAAACAAAUGCCACCAAAACGCGUAUUACGAACAGGCGAGUCAACCGCACGUGCAUCAGGGUGGCGAGGCGUCCAGCAUCCCGAGUAGCUACGUGUCCUCGCCGGAUCCGUUUCCGGCUCCGGGGAUGACGACGACGGCGACGGCGAUCGCCGCGGCAACGGCAGCGGUCAUGACGCCACCGGGUAGCGCGGGUCAGGCGGACGCCAAUAACGACAGUUACGGUAACUUUGGUAAUUUUUACGGCGAACCGGUACACGCGGCUGCACCGCCACCGUCAGCCGACAACAGCAACAGUUCCUCGGAUUUUAAUUUCCUCAGCAACCUAGCCAACGAUUUUGCACCGGAGUAUUAUCAGCUCAGCUGAGUGCCAGAAAGUGAACCGUCGUGGCAUCUCGACUGGGCCGACGAACAUUAUUUGCCCAAUUGAUCGGUGACGCGAGUGGUUGGCGAUAAACUUUCUCGUUUUUUUUGGUUUAUGAUAAACUUGAUGGAAAUGAGUGAAAAAAUUCUACGAAUCGAUCGGGUUGUUUCGCGAGACGUGGUCUAAUUGUACAUAAAUAAGAUAGUGAAAAUAUUUAAAUCGGCUGAUUCGAAGGAUCUCUCUUUGUUAGUGUCGGGGGUGGGGGGGGGGGAGGGGAAGGAAAAAGGGGGUUGCUGAGGAUAUAAAAGUGCAAUCGAGAUAUAAAUGAAUUUGGUACGGAUACAAUCGGCGGUAUAUCGACGCGCAGACGAGCAAGUUUACAUUAUACUUUCAGUUUUGUUCUGAACUUUUGUUUGAUAUUUUGACUUUUCACACGAAAGACGACUUUGAAAUCGGUUCCUCAGACUUGCUCGCCCUUCAACCCUGUUCUGAGUUACCGUCGGUGUAUGAUGAACGAUGAAAAAAGGGAUUUACGUACGUGUACGAUAUGAAAAACAAUGAAAAUCCGGUAAAAGUGUGAGCGAUAAAAAACUGAAAGUAGUCUUAAGUACGGAAAAACGCAUCUAUACACAAUCAUGCCUAGAAUAAAAGUAUACUAAUUAUUUAUAAAAAGAGCAGAAUAAAUAAAACAAAUAAAAAUAAACGAAUAACAGAAACGAAUAGUUGCAGUAAUAUAGGCUUCGAAUAAUCGAAACGGUCACUUGGACAGUCCACUGUAGAGAAAUCGGUUCAAUAUAAAAACUUAUUUUUUUUAUUUUUUUUUUUUUCAAUCAUUUUUCCAAACACUGUCGAGGUGAUGUGCAUAUAGUUAAUCGUAAAUUAGAAAAUCAUGUAUGUAAUGAUAAUAUUUACAACUGAUUUCGCAGUUCCUUCUAAUUACCUUAUAUUUUCCAACCCCCUACAUACGCUCUAAAAAUUGACUUUUAGAGUACGUGCAAUGUUCGAACCAAGUUAUGGAAAAAAAAAACUAAAUCUGCACAAUAGAGCAGCUCGACGUCCUUGUUCGUAGAUAUUAAACAUAUUAAAAGUUGCAAUUAUCUAAUUUUAAAUCCCCUUCGAAUCACGGAUGUGCGUCUGAAAGAUGCCGUUCUAAUUCUUUUUUGUAUAAAUAAAAAUAAAACGAAAAAAAAAAAAUCAAAUAAAUACGGAAAAGAAAAAAACAAGAGUAAAGAAAGAGAAGAAGAGAGAAGAGAAAAGCUAUUACGAAUUCAUUGUUGUUUAUGUAAAAUAAAAUUAAUGAAAGAAAAAGAAAAUUUUCUGUAAAUAUUAGAUCAAUACGGUAAUUCCAUACCUAUUAUUAUUAUUAUUAUUAUUAUUAUUAUUACUAUUAUUAUUAUUAUUAUUAAUAUUAUUACCAUUAUUAUUGUUUAUGCAUUGAUCUGAUUGAACGUAAUAAACAAGGUAUAGCGUAGUGCGUACGAAGUACCGAGAACUAAAUUAUGCUACGACGUCAUGAAUCUAUCGCACUUGUACAUUCGUUCACACUACUAACAGACUUGUCAGAAAACGAAAAC